GACGCGCAGAAAGCAGCAGAUAGCGCAGUGGUGUGGAGCCUCCACCCUGCCCUGGCUGUAGUCUGAUAACGCAGAGGACUGGAUCAACACCGACACUUUUACCAUUACUCCUCGGUUUUUGCUUUUCACAAAGGGAAGGAAUAUUAUUUCAUCUCCUUUACUCACCCUCUGCUUCUGCAUACUGUUAAACGGCGUUAAUGCAGUGAUUUUUGUUUUAAAAAAAUGGUUGAUUAACACUUUUUAAUGCACAUAUUUGCCGCCUUUUGUGAAUCUGACUGUGGCCUCCGCUGUAGACUCAUUUCACUCUCUGGAUGCAAUGCUCUCGAAGAGGGAAAAAGAGCUUAUUGCAGAAAUAUGGACAAAACUGAUUCCGGUGGCAGAAGAUAUUGGGUCAGAUGCCCUUCUUAGGAUGUUUGCCUCCUACCCAGGUACCAAGACGUACUUUUCCCAUCUGGACAUCAGUCCUCGCUCCGCUCACCUGCUCGCUCACGGGAAGAAGAUUGUAAUGGCCAUAGCAGAGGGAGCCCAAGAUAUCAGCCAGCUGGCCGAGAAUCUGGCUCCCCUGCAAACCCUGCACGCCUACCAGCUCCGGAUAGACCCGACCAACUUCAAGCUUUUCUCACACUGUAUGCUCGUCACCUUGGCCUGUUACAUGGGUGACAACUUCACACCGGUUGCACACGCAGCAAUGGACAAGUACCUGUCAGCUUUCGCAGCCGUGCUCGCCGAGAAAUACAGAUGAGACCCAACCGCCUGUUUGUAGGAAGUAUACAAACCAUUUACGAUGCCAUAUGAUAUGAAAUAUUUAAGCUUUUGUGGUUGUUAUAAUGCAAUAUUUUGUUAUAAUAAAACAUGCAAAACACC